AAUUGGCCAAACAAAAUGCAAGUGCCUAAUGCUCAAUUGUUUAUUUUGGCAGUGGUUGUGGUGGCUUUAGUACGUGGUCAUGCGGUGGAGCAGGAGCACUUGACCAGCCACGCCUAUGGACCAGCCAUACACAUUAGUUCGGGGCUUCUCCAGUUGGCCCCCGAUUCGGAGCAACCUCAACUGCUGCUGGUGCCCAAUGUCUACUCCUCGUCACUGGGAAAUCCCUGGCCGCAUUUCUAUGUGGACACCUUGACGGCUUCGCACCUGCCACACUCAUCGAUUCCAUCGAUUCCAACUAUCCCAUUGACCCCUUCGAUCCACGAACCGCGCAUCGUGGUCAAUGACAAUGUGGACUUUUCGCAGAUCAAAUUGCCCCAGCAUAAAGUAGUCCAUUCCCAUGGACGCUAAAUGGGUUCAUCGAGAAACUAUUUACAAACCUUCAUAAAUUAUAUGGUUCAUUUGUGUAGUGCUUAAGGUUUUUUUUUAACUUUUUUGUUUUCUGGUAUUUUAUUUCUUACACAGACACUUAAUAAACUUGCUAUAAAAAUAUUUUGUGAAAUGUUUUUGGGCUUAAUUGCAAUAUUAAUGUGUGCCUAAUCAUAUAGGAAUGAAACUUUGCCAGGGGUCUACGCAAAAAAUCAUGAAAAAUCUGCAUAGGCAAAUGCCAAA